AUGUAUCCGAACAACUCACAGACAAUUGCGGUUGAUGAUUUUGUGAACGCAAUAGUUACAAAUUGUCCUCAUACAACAUCGUUCAAGAAUUACAUUGCCGAUUUAAUAAAUUCAUCUAGUAAAGGAAAAAAUGACAAGUGGAUUAAUUUGUGCAAAACAAUCCGAGGAAGCGACGAACCGGUUAAACGUCAUUGGCGCGUUUUUGCGCACAAAAUAUUUGUCGACAAAAUCGUUGAUAUUGAACGGGAUCUCUAUGACAGACUUUCGUUUCUAAAUGACCCGAGUAAUUCAGAAGCUAUUGAAGCAUAUCUAAGUUAUCAAUUACGUAAAAAAAAAAUCAGUGAGUCGGUGAUAAGAUGCACUAGAGAAUAUUUACGUCUGCGUAGUAAUUGUGGUGCGCUUGAUAUCAGUUCAGAAUUGGAUUGUGAUGAUAAUAAUAAUUUUACUGAUGAUGGGGUCGAGGAUAAAGAUGUACCAGAUACUCAGACUGCGAUCGCGAGUGAAGACAUGGUACCAGAUAUUCAAACCGGUACUGUAAGUGAACAUGUUCCAGAGAGUGGUUCCAGUUUAUCCAGUGAAGAUGUUGCAGUGGCCGGGGUUAGUGAAGAAUUUGCUACCGAAAUUGAGGAUCAGCAUCCACCUAAACAAGCUUAUCGUAGUAAAAACAAAUUUUUCGUCAUUGAUCCUUCAUAUUUGAAUGAAAAAGAAAGGAAGGAAGUUGUUAGCACUGCUUUUAAAGUAGCUAAGGAAGCUUCAAAUGAAGAAAUUAUUGUUCAAGCAAUACUCAAAUUAUCAACAAGUGAUAAUCCAAGCUUUUCACAUGUUAAGAGAGAUCCUAGAACACCAAAAGGAACUCCUUACUCAACAUCGAGUUCAGCUACGAUAUCCGCAGAUGAAAGUUUUAAAAUGCUAGAUACUAUAGGCAAAUCUGCAGCCAGUACGUCUGGUAAAUCAUCACUUGACCCAACUAGACCGCCAAUCAAACCGCCUGCCAAGCCGCCAAGCCCACCAACUGGACCGCCUGCAGGACCUAGAGGAUCGCGUAGUAGUUUAUGCGAAAGUACCAGUAGCUCUUCAUCUUACUCAUCUCCUGAACGGUUUACAACGGAACCGCCUAGAUCGCCAACUAAAUCACCUGCAAAGCCGCUAAGAUCACCAGAUAAACCGCCUAGAGAAGCUAAAGAACCACAUUGUAGCUCAUGUGAAAGUACCAGUAACUCUUUAUCUUACUCAUCCUCUGAACCGUUUACAACAGACCCGACUAAGCCACCAAUUAAACCACCUGCAAAGCCGCCAAGGUCACCAAUUAAGCCAGCUAAAGGGCCAAGAAGACGACGUAGUAGUUCACGUGAAAGAAGCAGUAGCUCUCCAUCUAACUCGUCCUCCGAACCGUUUACAACAGACCCGACUAGGCCACCAAUUAAACCACCUGCAAAGCCGCCAAGGUCACCAAUUAAGCCAGCUAAAGGGCCUAGAAGACGACGUAGUAGUUCAUCUGAUAGUAGCAGUAACUCUCCAUCUAACUCGCCCUCUAAACCAUUUAAAACAGAUCCGACUAGACCACCUAUCAUACCUAGGGGACCACAUACCAGUUCACCUAAACGUAAAAGUCGAUCACCUGGAGGUAAACGUCAAACCUUACAAACUGGUAAUUCAGCUAAACCAGCAACUCAACUAUUUGAAACUACGCCAAAUGAAUCGUCAAGACCUACAACCCCGCCGCCAGCUAGACCACCACCUAGACCGCCGAUCAGACCUCCAAACAAACCACCAAACAGGCCACCAGGAAACCGAAGAGAUUCAGGUGCCGAUGAUACCGCUACUUCGUAA